UCAAGGGAGAGAAAUGCAUUAUUUUUCCCGCGGUGCGAUUUGUAGCCAGAGGGCGAAGCGAAGCGGAGCCCGAGGGCUACAAAGCACCAAGGGAAAAUGGCAUUUCGCUCCAGAGGUGUAUAUACUAUUUUUUGCAUUCGCGUCGACGUUUACCUAUACUCUUUAAAUGAAUUGAUGGUUCUUUGAAGAUUAUAACCACAUAUUAAUCAGGUUAGUGGAGAAUUAAGUAUAACCGUGGCAACCAAUAAAUUAAAAUUUAAUCAUGUUAGUCGAGAAUUCAGAUAAACCAUGGCAACAGAUAAACAAACAAUGUUUGCUGUUGAAAAAGUGCGUGAAUUAAAAUGGAAGUUGCGGGUUGUUCUGAAGAACCUUAUGAAAUUACAAACGCCGCUAACGCUGCUGUUGUGAAUUUACUACCUGAUAAGUCGAAAAAGUUGUAUGAAGCAGCAUAUAAAGGUUUUAAAGACUGGUGCAUAGAAAAAGAUGUCGCGACCGUCACCGACAAUGUUAUGUUGGUUUACUUUAGCGAAAAAGCCAAAAAGUACAAAUGUUCAACGGUAUGGGCACAAUAUUCCAUGGUGAGGUCUUGUAUGCUCAUUUACGACAAUGUUGACAUCAACAAAUUUCCAAAAUUGAUAUCAUUUUUAAAAAGGAAUUCUGAUGGAUAUUCUCCGAAAAAAUCGAAAAUAUUUAAUAGAGAAGAGGUGGAAAAAUUCUUGCUUGAAGCUGACGAUGAUACCCAUCUUAUGCGAAAGGUUGCGUUGAUUUUUGGAAUAUCUGGCGCAUGUCGCACUGACGAAUUGGUCAAUAUGACACUGGAUAACGUUGAAGAUGUGGGGUCUUCUUUCAUAAUUACCCUGCCACAUACAAAAAACAAAACAUCCAGAACGUUCGUUAUAGCGAGUAAUGAAGGCGGUAAAGUGGAUUUUCUUCAGAUAAUUCGCAAAUACACGUCCCUUCGACCUGGAACUAACCAUGGACGAUUUUUUGUUUUCUACAAGAACGGAAAAUGUACUCAGCCGGUUGGGAAAAACACGCUUGGCAAGGUGCCAAAUAUGAUCGCCAAUUACUUAAAAUUACCAAACCCAGAACUCUAUACGGGGCACUGCAUGAGGCGUUCCUCCACCACUCUAUUGGCGGAUGCUGGAGCUGACAUCACCACUAUAAAACGGCAUGGUGGGUGGAAGUCCACCACAGUCGCGGAAAGCUACAUUGAGAACUCUGUGGCCAACAAAACGAAGAUUGCAAAUCAGAUUAUUCAAGGUAGCACUACCUCAAAUGUCAAUAUAACAUCGGGAGCCAGUUCUGAUUCGAAUCUAUUGAUUAAUAAAAUUCCAGCGGUAAAUUUUACAAAAUGUGAAAAUAUAACGUUUAAUUUAAAUAUAAACAAUGUACCUUUUUAAGUUUGAGUUAAUAUAACCUAUAUAAAUAUCAGGGAGUUUUCAUUAUCAUUAUUUCUCAAGGGACUGAAAUGCAAUUUCUGUCCCUGUUUUGUGAUCAUAGAAACGGAUUUUUACCCUCGCGAGU